AAAAACUACAGAUUUUAUAGAUUUUGUCGACACUCGAUAAACGUUUCCUUGUUGUCCCGAGUCGACUCAAAAACCUCUCUUGAACCCAACACAAACACAACACUGAGUAGCGCGUUGUUCGCUACUGUUUUCACUAUUUUCACUAUUUUCCAUUUCUUCCUUAUCCAUUCUCAAACAACAAUGACAACAACACUUUCAAUUCCACUCAACAUCUUCUUCUUCCAUCAAAUUCAAACCACACCCACUUCUUCAAAUUUCCAACAACCCCAAACCGUUACCUUUUCCCGCAGAAAAACAACCUUAAAAACCGCAUGUUCUGGUUCACAAGAAAACCCCCAACAACACCAAAAGAAGCAGAAAAAGAAGAAAGAGUUCAAUACAAAUGACACUGAUUCUGAUGGUGAAAAGGGUUAUGACCCUGUUGGAUUUCUCGUCAAACGUGGGAUUUCUCAUAAAGCAUUUGCUCAGUUUCUUCGUGAAAGGCAUAAAGCGUUGAAGGACCUGAAAGAUGAAAUUUUGAAACGGCACAUGAACUUCAAGAUUAUGGCUUCUGGGUUUGAGUUAUUGGGUAUGCAUCGUCAUCCAGAACAUCGGGUUGAUUAUAUGGAAUGGGCUCCAGGGGCUCGUUAUUGUGCAAUUACUGCUGACUUCAAUGAUUGGUCAGCUACAGAAAAUUGUGCAAGAGAGCAUUACUUUGGUCACGAUGAUUAUGGAUACUGGUUUAUUAUUCUUGAAGAUAAGCUAAGAGAGGGAGAAGAGCCAGAUGAACUAUACUUUCAGCAGUAUAACUAUGUAGAUGAUUAUGAUAAAGGUGAUAGUGGAGUCACCGUUGAAGAGCUCUUUAAGAAAGCAAACGACGAAUACUGGCAACCAGGGGAAGAUCGUUACCUGAAAAACCAUUUUGAAGUUCCAGCUAAGUUGUACGAGCAGAUGUUUGGUCCUAAUGGGCCUCAAACCAUUGAGGAGUUAGGAGACAUACCGGAUGCAGAAACAAGAUAUAAGGAAUGGGCAGCAAAAAAUGGACCUUCCCCUUAUGCCGUGAUUGACGAAGGCAAGAAUUACGACAUAUUUAAUGUGAAAGUUGAUCCAGAAUGGCAUGAGAGAAUUCGUGCGCUGAAACCUCCAAUAGCAUACUGGCUUGAGACACGUAAAGGAAGGAAAGCGUGGUUGAAAAAGUAUAUGCCUGGCAUUCCUCAUGGCAGCAAGUAUAGGGUUUACUUUAACACUCCAAAUGGACCGUUGGAGCGAGUACCUGCUUGGGCUACAUAUGUGCAGCCUGAAUUAGAUGGAAGACAAGCUUAUGCAAUCCACUGGGAACCGCCUCCAGAAGAUGCAUACAAAUGGAAAAACAAAAGCCCCAAAGUACCGAAGUCAUUGCGGAUAUAUGAAGCUCAUAUUGGAAUUAGUGGAUCUGAGCCAAAAAUAUCUUCAUUCAAUGAUUUCACAGACAAGGUUCUUCCUUACAUAAAAAAAGCUGGAUACAAUGCAAUCCAGUUGAUUGGAGUUGUUGAACACAAGGAUUAUUUUACUGUUGGUUACAGAGUUACCAAUUUUUAUGCCACUAGUAGUCGAUAUGGCACUCCAGAUGACUUCAAGCGAUUAGUUGAUGAGGCACAUGGACUAGGACUGCUUGUCUUCAUGGAAAUUGUCCAUUCAUAUGCUGCUGCAGAUGAGAUGGUUGGAUUAUCAUUGUUCGAUGGAUCUAAUGACUGUUUUUUUCAUUCUGGUAAAAGGGGGCAACACAAGUUCUGGGGAACCAGAAUGUUCAAAUAUGGCGACCUCGAUGUUCUUCAUUUCCUUCUAUCAAACUUGAGCUGGUGGAUUGAGGAGUAUCAAAUUGAUGGUUACCAGUUCCAUUCACUUUCUUCUAUGAUAUAUACUCACAACGGUUUUGCUUCAUUUACUGGUGACUUGGAGGAGUACAGCAACCAAUAUGUUGACAGGGAAGCACUAUUAUAUCUUAUCAUGGCCAAUGAAAUACUACAUGUUCUUUACCCAAAUAUUGUCACAAUAGCCGAAGAUGCAACAUAUUAUCCUGGAUUAUGUGAGCCAACUUCUCAAGGUGGACUUGGAUUUGAUUACUACGUCAACCUUUCUGCACCUGAGAUGUGGUCAACUUUUCUUGAGACUGUUCCUGACCAUGAAUGGAGCAUGACUAAGAUUGUUAACACAUUAGUUUCUAAAAAGGAAAAUGCGGAUAAGAUGCUCUUAUAUGCAGAAAAUCACAACCAGUCUAUAUCCGGAAGGCGGUCAUUUGCAGAAAUAUUGUUUGGUGAAGUUGAUGAGCAUUCAGAAAACUACAAGGAAUCUUUAUUGAGGGGAUCUUCAUUACAUAAAAUGAUCAGAUUGAUCACGUUAACAAUUGGUGGUCGUGCCUAUAUGAACUUCAUGGGCAAUGAAUUUGGGCAUCCAAAGAGUGUUGAGUUUCCAACAUCGAGCAACGACUUCUCAUAUUCGCUUGCUAAUCGGCAGUGGGAUCUUUUGGAAAAAGAUGGAAUUCACCGUGAUUUAUUUACCUUUGAUAAGGAUAUGAUGAAGCUGGAUGAGAAGGAGAGAGUGCUCUCUCGUGUUUUUCCAAUCUUUCACCAUAUCAAUGACAGUUCAAUGGUCAUAUCUUACGUCAGAGGCCCGCUUCUCUUCAUUUUCAAUUUUCAUCCAACAGAGUCUUAUGAUAGCUAUGCAGUAGGUGUAGAAGAAGCCGGGGAGUAUCAGCUUAUUCUGAACACGGAUGAAAUAAAGUAUGCCGGUCAAGGGAUCCUUAAAGAAGACCAAUAUUUUCAAAGAACUAUAAGCAGAAGAGUCGAUGGGCAUCGAAACUGCAUAGAGCUGCAACUCCCUAGCAGAACUGCUCAGGUUUACAAGUUAAAGCGAAUAUUGAGAAUAUGAACCAUGCUGCAGCAUCGUGGGAGUAUCUUUAAACGAGAACUUGAUCGCAGUUAGAGACUGACAGCUUUCUUCGUUUAAUGUUGUAAGAAAAAUUGAAGGGAAGCAUGGAAGUUCAGAACAAAUGGAUUCUAGAUUCACGAAGAUACAAGGUAACGGAAUAUGACAAUGCAUAUUCUAACUAUGCUAACACAGGACUAUGCUUGUAAAUCGUAAACCCUACCGAUCCAUAUACCACAAAUAAUGUGAUAUAGGUUGUGUAAAGAUUUACUAGAAAAUCUACACUCAUCAUGAUAUAGUUGAGUUUAAUGGGAUGUAGUGACCGUGUAAAAUAGUUUUACACGAUCAUCCAGUAAAAUAACUAUCAAUUUGUCAUGUCAUAUCAAGAAAGUGGGAUGAAGUGAGGUGACAUGACAGAAAACAUGGUUGUUAUUGGUUGACAUUGUAAAAUUAUUUUACACUCGGUCCAUAUUCCUUUUUCUCUAUAGUUUCCAGGGGAAGGAACUUAUGUAUAUAAGACUCUUAUUUUAGCUUUACAUUUUCUUUCAUAGAGUAAAAAGUAGCAACUAAAAUAUUCAGUUGCUGUAAGAUUGAUUGUACCUUAACUAAAAUAUAUGUGAAUUAUUUGUAUAUUGAUUGAGUUCAAUUGUUAUAAGGAAAAUAUGUAAAUUUCCUAAUUA